CGCCUGGGUGAUUUGGCCAUUUUCGACCUAAACUGCAAACGAGGGAGUUAUUUUACAGUGAGAUCGAAAAACGAAAUAUUAAAUAUUAAAAAUGGCACCUAUGUCAGUUUUUGUUGGAGGAUUAGCUGAAGAUACUCAGAAGGAGGAUUUGGAGAGGGAAUUUAGCCGUUUUGGCAAUUUAACUAAAGUUUGGGUUGCUCGUAACCCACCAGGAUUUGCUUUCAUCGAUUUUGAAAAUGACGAUGAAGCAAAUGAAGCUAUCAAGGAAAUGAAUGGUACAACUUUCAAUGGUUCUGAAAUCAGGGUUGAUGUUUCUCGAAGCAAUGGCCGACGCUCCCGUGGCGGAUUCCGAGGAGGUCGAGAUGGAGGAGGAUUCAGCAGAGGUGGCCGAGAUGGCGGUUUCUCCCGUGGUAGACGAGGUGGCUUCGACUCUGGUUCUGGCUUCAGGAGAGGUGGUGGUGGAUUCCGUGGUGGACGAGGUGGUGGCGGUUCCAGGUUUGGAGGUGGCGAAUAUGGUUCUGGUUAUAGAAGUCGAUCCCCUAUGGGUCAGCGAAGUGAGAACAACUGGUAAAUAGCUGCUACAUUCCACGGAAUAUUCUUCGUUCACGGCGAAAGUACAGUCGGUUUUCAAGAAUUUUCCAUCGUUCAUCAUGUAUUUAUACGAUAGUGCUGUUUUACUUGUUCAAUCACGGAUCAUUCACUGUAAAAUAACAUUCCUCAUUUUACUGAGCUGAUUUGUACUCAUCGUAAUAAAACACUUACCACAAAUUUA